GAGGACACCUUUGGAUUUCGAGCUGGAUGUCUUUCAGGAUGGUGAACAAUGUUUCAGCGAUUGAGGAUAGCGAGGAUAUAUUUGGCUCGAAGGCACACUUGAUAGCCGUUUCACUCUGGGAGCGCGGGUCAAUUCCAUUUCAAUCCAGCUGAGUGCGCAAGAGUCCAAGAUAUCAAUUGCCAACGAGAAAAGUCCGUUCGCAGGCGAAAGUGCCUCAGCACUAAGCUGUCGGAGUGUUGUUUGAUAUACACGUCCAAGAGCUAUCUAUGCAGCGAAGCUUGCGACGAGUGGCUCAUUUGACGUGCCAGGAAGAUCAGAUCACCGAGUCAUCGAGUAGCAUCAAGCAGAUCGACUUUAUGCAAGCUCGACAUAGACGACCAUAUGAUCGCGUAUGUAAGGAAGACAAAAAAGAAUGGAUUGGCGCAGAAAAGCUAGUAUACAAAGCAAAAGGAUAUGAGGACGAUUGGAAUAUCAUUUCCGUCAAAUGUCACAGACCGAAGAGAUAUUUAGGAAAAGAGCACUUCAUGCUGUGGGUAGGGAUAUCCGAACAAGUCGUGGUGGACCAUAAGAAGACGGGGUUGUUGAUACAGGGUACUCCAUAGUCUCAGUCCAUCGUCGACGUCGAGGAGCUAGGGCUCAGCAGCGCAACUUUCCUGGAGACCUGGCGACGUGAGGACCCGGAACAGGGGUCACAAGUGGUCCAACGUGCCGGCAAGGCUUGAAAGCAGAAUACCGGGUCCAACGCACAACCUAGCCUGAAGCGCCAUAGCGGUGCUGUGCCUCCGAGCAAAGACGCGUCUGAGGCGGGCUCGCUCCAAAAACAACCCCGUAAGUCGCGAAGUGACAACAACAGGGAUACUGACCCAUGGAGAGGUACAGUAUCGGUGGAGGUCUAGGGUAGUGUGAGAAAGGAGCAGGCGAGGAGAUUUGAUGGGGCUAGCUCAUCGUCAGGAACGGGGUGGACUCUGCAGAGGACCGAGGCCGGCAAUGUUAGCGGGAAUCCAGUGGAUCGCCUGCAUUGCGUGGGCGGAAGCCACAGCCCGGGACCUCGUCCUCGGAACCAGGGUGUGAACAAGACCAAGGCUAGUAUGGGCGGCCUGUUCCCACAGCUGGUAUAGCGGGCUAUGCCUCCGGCGCCCGAGGUGGUCUAGUUUGUUAUCUGAUCAUUUGGGCUUCAGCAACGCCAGCUAGCAGCGACUUGUUAGCGGACUGAGAGUGGACCACUUACUUGCUUUGCUACUCUCGGCAGCCAAAGGCGGUCGGAGGGGUGCAUUGAAUGCCUAGUAUUGACCUAGUGCAGUACAUCCCAGAUCUCCUGCUUGGGACGUCGAUGACAGGUGACUGUCCGAUAUUGAAAGAAUUGACGGAAAAUGGGUCCGACAGUAUGAUGUAGAUGUAGCCCAGCUCUUGCAGAGUGCAGGUUUCAGGUUAUCAGACCAUAUUCUAUCUUUUUGAUACAGAUGCUGAAAGCUGGAGCAGCUUGACCCAGUUUCUUUCUGGUAUGGACGGCCCGAUCAUUUUCCCAGUUGGGAGACCCGUGAGUUGUGUCUUUUCCCGUCUUCUCAGCCAAUCGACAACGAUCGACGUGGAGCCGGCAGGAAGUGAUUCGACCUAUCCCAUAAAAAAAUAACAUCAAAAAAUAUUACCAUGAAGGGGCUACCUCAGUAUCCUAUGUACGGCCAAGUUGAUGCAUGAGCAAACUCCGCUCUGAGAGAGACAUCGAAGGACAAGCCACCACGACGCCAGGAAGCAUGACGCAGGAGCUCAACGACGUGGAGGGCAUGGUCCGUCGGAGCUGUACAGUACACAGCGGUAGUUCCAAUUGAUGGACGAUGCUACCGGUGAAAAGGGGCAACCAGCUCCAUUUCGUGCUUAGGGCCCGUUCGGGGCACAGGCGAGAGCGAAGGUGACGAGAGUUUCGCCGGUGUGAAGUGGUUACUACUGUAGGGUGGUAGUAGUGGAAGAAUAGAAAGGAAAACAGCAAUGGCUGGCGCAGGCGCAGGCGCAGGCGCAGGCGCAGGCGCAGGCGCAGGGAAUCCGGGAUGAAAGAAGCCACACGAGAUUCUACGGUAGAUCAUCAGGGCGCCAGUCCCAGCCGGGCAAGGCGGAAAUGUAGUUGGGCCGCUUGGGUUUAUUUGGUAGCUUGCUAGCAGAGUGUACAACGGCCGGAUUCGAAAUUAACGUCGCCACAUUACAAUACGGUAUAAAUAGUCCUCGUAGCCCA